GCGGGCAGCGCCGCCGCCCGGGGCUGCUCCCGGUGCUGCCCGGGGUGUUCCCGGGGCUGCCCCUGCCGCCCUUCGCGCACCGGCAGCAGCGGCCGCCUGGUGUGGCGCGUCCCUCCGCGCUGCGGGGCCGCUGCCCUUGGUCGCUGCCGCCUGGCCCGCAGCAGCCGCACGCUGGGCGAAGGACGCCAGGCCUUGGCGGGGACCCACGGCAGCAUCCUCGCCCCGGCUGCGGCAGCGCGCUCAGAGCCCCCGGCUGUUGUGGCAGGGCAGGUGGAGCGGCCUGGGCACUGGAGUACGGAGCCGGGAAAUUCCCCGUCAUUUAGUCAUUGAAAGCUCCAAGGAGAGAUUGCAAAGGCUGCGUUAGCACGCUGUUUGAGAAGGUGUUCGGUGUCUGAACAAAAGAACAAUGCAGGAAACUUGCAUUAACGAAGAAAGGUGGUGAAAUAAGGAAAUUACUUUUGUAGAGGAUACCUGAUGAUUGCAACUUGCAUCCUUCCAUUUUGCUCUAUAAUGCACCUGUGAAUAAGGAGCUGCUCACUCAUGCAGCAUGCUUGAGGAACUACAUGUUGGUGUUGCUUAUGCCAGAAUACAGUAAGCAAGGCAAAUUAGCUCCAGCCUUGUGUAAACUUUUAAUUGGCCAACAUGAUGCAAUUGGGCAUGAAUUCCAGGUGGCUUUGGAAAUGAACGAGAACUGAGCGCUCUGGCUGGAAGCUGAACGUGAUGACGGCCUGGUCUAUGGUAGGGAAGCUGAAAAUGGAGAAGAGGCACUCCAGAGAAGACAGAAAUGUGGAGCAAGAUGCGGGGGAAUGCAGUGCUGAAUCUGAGGAAUGGACGAGCUCAGAAAGUGAGCCUGAGCAACCAUACUUCAGAGGCAGUGCUCAGUGGAGAGAAAAGGAGGUUUCCACCAAACCGCAUCGGCCGCUCUGCCGGUCCCCAUGCCUGGAUCGCCCAAGUUUUUCACAGAGUAGUAUCACACAAGACUUGAAGCUAGAUGAAUGCAAAACAAAUUUGGACAAGGAAUACCAAGCUAAAAUGGAUUUUGCUUUAAAGCUUGGGUAUGCAGGAGAUCAGAUCCAGGCUGUACUGAAUAAGUUGGGAGCGGAUGCGCUCAUCAAUGAUGUUCUAGCAGAGCUUGUGAGACUUGGCAACAAAAGUGAAUCAGAGGGACAAAGCACUGCCAGCAGUAGCACUGGUACUCUGGUGUCAAGAGGCCCUUGCCCAAAGGAAAUAGCAAGCCCUGAAUUGUCACUGGAAGAUGAAGUGGUGGAUAACAGUGAUAACUUGAGGCCAAUUGUCAUUGAUGGAAGCAAUGUCGCUAUGAGCCAUGGGAACAAAGAAGGAUUUUCCUGCCGGGGAAUUCAACUAGCUGUUGAUUGGUUUUUGGAAAAAGGACAUAAAGACAUCACUGUGUUUGUACCUGCAUGGAGAAAAGAACAGUCUCGACCUGAUGCACCAAUUACAGAUCAAGAAAUCUUACGUAAAUUGGAGAAAGAAAAAAUUCUUGUUUUUACCCCAUCUCGAAGAGUUCAGGGAAGAAGAGUAGUUUGCUAUGAUGAUCGAUUCAUAGUAAAACUUGCUUUCGACUCAGAUGGCAUCAUUGUGUCCAAUGAUAACUAUCGGGAUCUUCAGAAUGAAAAACCAGAAUGGAAGAAGUUCAUAGAGGAGCGGCUGCUAAUGUAUUCUUUUGUGAAUGACAAAUUUAUGCCUCCAGAUGAUCCUUUAGGACGUCAUGGUCCAAGCCUUGAAAAUUUUUUAAGAAAAAGGCCAGUUAUUCCUGAACAUAAGAAACAACCGUGUCCUUAUGGUAAAAAGUGCACCUAUGGGCACAAAUGUAAAUAUUACCACCCAGAACGUGCAAACCAGCCUCAAAGGUCAGUAGCGGAUGAGCUUCGAAUAAGUGCCAAAUUAUCUGCUGUGAAAACUAUGAGUGAGGGAGCCUUGGCCAAAUGUGGCACAGGGCCAUCCAGCUCCAAAGGAGAAAUCAGUUCUGAAGUGAAACGCAUUGCCCCAAAACGUCAGUCAGAUCCAAGCAUUAGGUCAGUAGCUGUGGAGCCUGAGGAAAAGUUAUCAGCAGCCCGGAAGUCCGAGGCCAGCUCUGUCCCGUCUCUGGUUUCUGCAUUAAGUGUACCAACGCUCCCUCCACCAAAAAGCCAUGCAGCUGGUGCAUUAAAUACUCGUUCUGCAAGCAGUCCGGUGCCAGGUUCCUCACAGUUCGUACAUCAGAAAUCCUCACUGGAACAUAUGUCCAGUGUGCAAUAUCCUCCUAUACUAGUCACCAAUAGCCAUGGCACCUCAGUUAGCUAUAUUGACCAGUAUCCCAAAUAUGAGUCACUGGGGGACCAUGGCUAUUACUCCUUACUCAGUGAUUUCUCCAACUUAAGCAUAAGUAGUAUCCGUAACUCAGAUUAUUACGGGGCUGAUAUGGACCAGGGGAUGUAUUCUAGAAACUCAAGCCCCUGUCCUGACAAUUGCUUAAGCCAUACAAGUAAUGAUUCUUAUUCCUCUUACAAUGACUUGUAUCUGGGUGUAGCAGAUGCCAGUCCAGAAGACAAUGUGAAGAGCCACAGACUGCCAUCGAAAAAUCGUCUUCAGCCUUUCCCUCAUGGUUACCAUGAAGCCUUAAAUAGAGGUCAGAGUUAUGGAACUGAAGAGCCUAAGCAAUCCCUUCGCAAACAGUCAGUUUCCCACUUAGGCCUACAUGCCCAGCAUCCAGUUGUUGGAGCACGGUCCAGUUGUCCAGGAGAAUACCCUGUGCCUCAAAACGUUCAUCCAUCAACUGCACAACCAAGCCGUGCCUUGGUGAUGACAAGAAUGGACAGCAUUUCUGACUCUCGGCUUUAUGAGAGUAACCCCACGAGGCAGAGACGGCCACCUCUGUGUCGGGAGCAGCACGCCAGCUGGGAUCCACUGCCCUGUGCAUCAGACUCCUACACUUACCACUCCUACCCACUGAGUAACAACCUCAUGCAGCCAUGUUAUGAACCUGUCAUGGUUAGAAGCAUGCCUGAGAAGAUGGAACAGCUCUGGAGAAAUCCCUGGAUUGGGAUAUGUGGUGAGCCACGGGAACCUCAUAUCAUCCCAGAACAUCAGUAUCAAACGUACAAGAACCUCUGCAAUAUUUUCCCUCCAAGUGUUGUCCUUUCUGUGAUGGAGAAGAAUCCCCACAUGACAGAUGCACAACAGCUGGCAGCUAUGAUUGUUGCCAAAUUAAGAACAGGGCGUUAGAGCAGUACAGCCUCUUUUGGAUAAAUGAACCUGUACAGCACAUAGGACCCAAAGGAAAACUUACAUGAAGGAAGAGGCCAAUCUAUUGUAAAUAUUUUCUACUAAGAUAGUAUAAAGUUCUGUACACAGUAGCAAUCAUAUAUAUGCUGAGGCACUAUAUAAAAGUUGAUUGUAUUGCAAAUUUUAAGAUUUUAAAAUAUAGGGAUUUUUAAUAGUAUUUUAUAGGAAAUGCAUACCUUGCUGCAUGGAUAGCUCACUAAGAACUAUAAUGUCACAAUCAGUGUCUCAAAGCUGUUACUACAAAAUUAGUGUUAGCAAUUUUAUUGCAUGUAUUAGUGUACACUUAAAAUUUGCUUAUAAAUACCUAAUCGGCCUCUAAAAGUAUGCUCUAUACACACCAAGAUGACUUUUAGGGUUUCAGCUUUGUCAUUUGACACUGCCUAGUGGCAUCUUAAGUAGUGAAGAAAAAGUAAAUUUGCUAAAAAUUAAAAUUGUUUAUAAAAGAAAAAACUGAUUUCAGAUUUUCCAUGUCAACAUGGUUGUUGAUACUUAAAUUUCAGAACUGUCCCUCAAGAGUUUGAAUAACUAUUAUUACAUUGUUCAAUAUGUUGGCUCAAUCCAACAGAAGCCAAAUACUUUAUUAAAUUAGGACCAAAACAUUAAAGAAUGUAAAGGCAUGAGUGCCAUUCAGUAAACUGAAACUUUAACUGUAGCUUCUCUCCAGAAUCUCUCAAAUGUGCAGUAAGCAGCUGCUGGCCCAAAUAACUAGACAAGCUGAAAAUAAAUUGUCAGUAUUAUGUAAACUGGAUUACUCAACUUGAAGCAGCAAAAACUGGAUGUUAACUGGAAGUUCAUCAGUAACUGCAGCCCUUCCUCUGGGAGCAAGGAAGGUGUUUGAGUGAGCCUGACAUUCAAGGUGGCUGUACAAGAUCAUCUUCAGAAAGGGUGGAGGGGGAAGGCUGCUUCUUAAAAAGAGAUGCUCCAGUUUGGGUUUGUGGCAGAGCUGUCCUGGUUUUUGCUCUUCACAUCCACGCUAAGGUGUGCGUUUGCCUCGUGAAGGCUUUUAGAGUUCCUGUUUCAACAGGUGAGCUAAUUUUGUGUGGCAUUGUUUGCGCAACUGGUAUCUUGCUCAGGGUGGGAACCUUUGUAGCUAAAUGUCUCCAAAAGAGGCGUUUAUUGGUUUUUUUAAGCUGCACUGACUGUACGCCCUUUUUUGAAUCCACUGUAUAUUUCAACAUUUUGAACCAUGACUAACUCGACAUGUCUCGAGCUAGGACUUGUUGACUUCUACUGUAGUUUUUUUCAUGAAAGUUGAGAAGGCCUGGUUUAUGGCCUUUUGUUUCUUCAUGAGAAGGUGUGACACUGCCUAAAUGUUUCUUACUGUGAAACACACAGAACGUGAGGCUGCAGUCAGGGUUGUUUCUGGUGUUUUGAUAAUGGCUUGCAUGCUGCUUUCUAGUUAUCUGUUUGUCUGAGAAACAAAGUUUAUCAUUUCCUCCACUUGUGUUACUGUAGUGGUUGGUUUGAUUCAGAAUAUCUUGUGGGCUCUUUAUUACGUGCAAAAUAGGUUCCUGUCAUAUAAAAAAAUCCACCAAAUGAACCAACAAGAAACCACGAUUAUGGGUGCAACUACAGUUAAUUUAUUGACAUUUGAUAACUGUAUCAUUUCACACAGGAUAAAUUUUCUUGUGUUGGUACAGGUGAUGCAUAUAAUGACUAUGUCAUUAUGUAUCUGAAACAAAGUAACUUGAAGGUGAUCCUGUACUUAAAAAUAACUUAAGUUUUAAUUAGUUGGUUAUUCUCUCUGUUAGUGGGGAAAAUUAUUCAGACACUUAUAACAGCUGGGGGAAAACAGAUUUAACUCUUGACCAGUUUUCAAAAACAUUUCAUAUUUUUAAUUUGCAAUUAAUUCUUAUUCUCUUCUCUUGCAUGAUAUAAGCAGCUGAGAGCAAUGCCUCAAAUAACCAGAAAUGACCUUUUGUUUGUUGAUACAAAUUGUAUCUCUUUUUCUUGAUUGUAUAAAAACUGUGUAUAAAAAAAAUAAUCUCUAGAUUAACUUCAGUAUUACAUUUUCACCACAAUGUUUGUGACACCAUGUGUCACAGGGAAGUAGCCCAUGAAUAAUUAUGGAUUUUUUUAUUUAAAAUGGGCACUUGUAGUUUAUAGACAAACAGGGACAACUUUUCAGAACCAGGUUAUUAUGUGCACAAAUACUGUGUGUACACCUCAAAGCAUUACAUAGGUAUCUUCAGUCUAUUUAUUAAGCAGAUACAUUCUUGCACUAAACUUUAUGUAAAAAUGUUGCUGUUAACUCAUCUGCAUGUGUUUAAAAUGUAACAGUAAUUGCUAUAGACCCUAUUUUAUUCUAACCAAUUAAUUUAUAAAUUAUUUAGGUAUGAGAUGAAGUUUAUUGUGCACUCAUGUUUUCCAUCUUGCAUGGAAUUAAAUAUUUGUAUGCAGAAAAAUGUUUGUUCCAUUUUUCUCCAUUUAUAAAGAUAAGCUAUUUUAAGAGAGGAUGAGAAUUAGUGGGUGAUUUUGAUGUUUUCUAAUGUGGAAAACUCAACAGAGAUUUCUGUAUGAAGCGCUGGGUGGCUUAUGGAGAUAUCCAUUUUUGUUGGAUUUGUCCAGUCAUUUUAAUUUUCACUAACCUUUGUUUUACUGAUGGAAGAAUUCCUUUUUAAACAAUGGGAAUGCUGUGAGAACACAAACCCAGCACACUAUUUCCCUAAGGCACUUCAGAGGCAAAUUGUCUUAUUCUGAGAAGCUGUUGGCAUCUCUCAUGCAUAGUUACAGAAUUGGCAAUGCAGCCUUGUGGAAAUAACCUGCAAAUUUUGUGCUUGUUUGGUCCUCCUUAGAGGUAAUGCAACUUUUCUAUGUGAUGUAGUCUUUCCUGAUCAACUACUUUAAGUGAUAAUUUGGUCAUCCACACCUGUUUUCAGCUAUGUUUACAAGACAGUUCAGGACACUGACACGUUCAUUAAUCUUUAGCGCAUAAGCUUGGAUUUCUUCUUACAUGGAAGAGUUGAUCUUAUUAACACCUGAUCAUAACUGUCUAUAUUGUAAAUAUAAGACUUUGUAUAAAUGCUCUUUUUUAGAGCAUGGUAUUUAAAUGUUUUUAAAACUGUAAAAGAACAGUUCUAGAAACUAUAUUUUAAUAAAAUCCAUGAAAAAACAAUUCUAGAUGAGGGGGGAAAAGUGUGAAGGUAAAAUCAUGGACUACUGCAGUUGAUAAGAGUUGAGCAGUAGAUUUUAGUGCUUUACUGGGGCCAGAGCAUUCUCUGGGAGUUGAUUUACUUCUCUUUCAUCUUCAGCUAUAUUACUUUCACAUAAUUUGUCACUUAAAAGUGUGUAACUUUAAAUUCAUAAAUCAAAAACCAAAUGCUUUAUGGGAUGUCAGUCUAAAUGAUUUCAUGUUUUUUGUAAGAAUUACAUGUCAGUAAUAUAGUAAAUUGUACAUGAUUUCACUGCUGUUAGUCCUGUUGUUGUCAUAUUGAGCUGCAGUAGUUGGCUUUAUUCAUUUGUAGAAUUAAACAUUACUGUUUAAUUGUUGUAAAAUUUUAUAAAUCUCUUUGGGUUUUUUUGGUUGACCCAAAUAUAAUGUAAGUCUUAAUGACAAAAUGAGUGAAAAUGGAUGUUAAACCAGUAUGUGGUAUUCUUAAAUCUCUGUAGUGGUAAGUGGGCACUGCUCUAGUUGCUGCAGCAUGUAAUUUAUUUACUAGCAUGAAUCUGUUUAGCUUUUGUAAAAAUGCUUUAGCUGUAAAGUUAAAAAUAGGUGUGGAGUAUGGUUGCUUUGAACAAGCAGAAGGAACUUAAUUGAAAAAAAAAAACAGACAAAACCAAAACCAUCUAAAGUAGGUGAGUUUCCCCCUACAUACUUCUAAUGCCAGUUUGUCCCAAAUUAUGCAUUUUGGCAUUUUGUUCAAAUAAUAAAAUUAAAAAUACUUGGUGACAUGUAUGCAUACUUGAUCUGUAUCAAUCCACAGACAGAAACAUUGGAUUAUUGUAAUUUUUUAAACUCCACACUAAGGGGAAGGAACGUGCAACAUUUCUGUGGAACUUUGUUCCAAAGUUGAAGUAUUACUUGAUCUUGACUUGCCAAAAGUUUAUCUGAAGCAUCUGUCACAGUUACCUCUAUGGUGAGCAUUCAGCUUUCACACUCUUCUGAUGUACCUAUUGCUUGUUUGUGUGACAGAGCCCUCAUUAAGUGUAUUUCCUGCAAUAUUUCAACUGGAAAAAUACAAUUGCACCAUCACUUAAAUUAUUCUUAUGCCAGUGUUUGGUUAGCCUUUUAAGUCAUUAUACAAUAUUGCUGAUUUUGGUCUGUAUUUAAAGUUUGUAAAUGUAUUAAAAGAAUUGCAAGAAUCUAAAAGAAGUAUAGGCUGUCACCUGUUCCCCUCCUGCUCUAUGUAAAUGUUUUGCACAAUUAUUUAAUAAUAUGAAAUAUGUUAUAGUUUAUAUAUAUAAAAAUUUUGCUUAUUUAAUAAAACUGAGAGCCAUUGGAUUAUUUGUUUUUAGCUUUUUAUUUUUCAACCCUCUUUAGACAAGACCCCUAAAAAGUUUUUUUGCUCAAAACAACUGUUGCAGUCUGUCUUAAGUUUUUUCUUGGGCUUUUUUUUAGCUGAUUGACUGAAAAAAUCCGAGAUCCUUUAGGUGGGGUAAUGGCAGAUACACAAGGCAGUAACUACACCUGAUCAAGGUAUUGUUGUAGUAGUAGUAGCAGCACAUGAUUUUACCAAAUGCACUCCAAUGAGUAAAAAAAACGUUACAGAUGGCACAGUGUGUGCCAGCACAUCCCUAUUUGAACUGUUAUGCUUGUUUGCAAUAGAAAAUACAGUAAUUUAAGUAAUUUCAUACUCAGCUAAAUGCAGUAAUAAAGGAACAAAUCCCUUUCACUCAGAAUUUCCUAAAUAAGCCUAAUUACUGGGUAAAAGAAGUAUUUCUAAAAAUACUUGAAAGGAGAAGAGCUUCCAUGAAAAAUCCCUCAAAACAGAAAGCUUAUUUCCUUUGCAUUGGCACUGCUUGCUUUUAUAGACAGAAAUAUGCAAUGUAUAUUCCAUUUUUGGAUGUGUGGUAACAAGGAAUUGCGGUAGAGCAGGACAACAAAAAAACUAGAGAAAAAGGAAUAAAGAAAUAAUAUUUACAUUCUGGCCAUCUAGCUAAGCCUUUACUU